AUGGCGGGUCUCAGUGCGGCGCUGACGCCGGGGUUCAGCCUGCCGGAUCCGGUGCUUCAGGGCACGUGGCGCUGGAUCCAGGACUUCGUAGCCGAGGAGAAGCUGUGCCCCUGGGCCCCGCGGGCGCGGGCCAAAGUGCUGCGCCUGCCCGGCGCCUCCCAGGCGCUGUGCCAGGCGGCGAGAUUGGAGGCGGAGGCCCUUCUUGCAAGCCAGCACGAGUGGCCGACGACUCUGAUGGUCUGCUCCCACCAGGCCGGCGGCAGGACUUUGCAGGAGCCGGCGGCUGGCGGCGGUUCUCAAGGCUUUGUGCAGCGAUCCAAGCCUCACAGCAGGCAGAAGUGCGGGGUCAUGAAGCAGAUGGGGAAUUAUUCUUCGGCUGAGAUUUUUUGGCAGUUCAAGGAUGACAAUGGUGAGGAAAGGGUGGAGAUGAAGGUGGAGAUGAAGGCGGAGGAUGAGAAGGUGCAACUAGAAGCCGAAGAUGUUAUUUCGAGACAGGCAACGCAGCAAGCUGAUCACCUGUCAGGGCAGGAAGGCCGACAUCAUUUUGGAGCGAGCGCGUGGACUUUUCCUUUCGUCAUUGGUUUGGUUCCUGCUGGUCGGUGGGAUGUGACCUUCUCGAUUCUGCUGUUGCUACUGAAUUUGUGUAUGCAGGCAGCAUUCACAGUCAUCAUUUCGACGGAAGAUUUCAUGGGCAUCCCCUUUUGGCGUCAAAUCAACUAUGCGAAGCGAUGGCGCAUCAGUAUGGCCCAUGACUAUCAAUAUCUGGAUCUGGCUGGGAGGAGCUUGGUGUCGCGCGUUUGUGCGGUGGAUGGGGCGUUGAUUCUGUCCACCACCCAAGCCAGCCUGGUGGAGCAGAUAAACAGCUUCUUGGGAUUGCAGGAGGCCGAGUUUGAGGUCCCAUUUUUCCAGCCCGGAUUAUUGCUCUGUAUGCUGUGUAUCCUCUUUUGGAGCCUUUGUGUCUACAAGGAGUACCGCAACAUUUGGCUGGGUUUGGAGGCGGUGUGGCAGAUUCCCCGCUCUGACCAGUCGAUCUUCCGCGACAAUACCUUGUGCAGCAUCUGCAAAGUUCGCUUCAAGGCGCUGUUAUUCACGUAUUUGGCACGCGCCGCCAUAGCCACGCUUCUUCUUGGCGCAGGAAUUCGGUGGCUUGCCGGUACCACAUCCAUCACUGAUUUGAUGCUGAAUUGUGUGGCACUGAAUGCAAUCCUGGACAUAGAUGAGUUUUUGUUUGCUGGCUUCACUCCAAUCUCGAUUCAAGUGGCGGUGCAGAACUUGAAGCCUGUCAAGAUCAAGUACGGCCGACAGCGAAGCCAGCUUGAGAGUCUUGGCUUGCUGAUUCUGCUGAUCGGCACACUGCUCAUACCCUACUUUCUCUUCUUGCAACCUCUAGCUGAAUCGAUGAUCGCAGUGAAAACUGAACUCUGUGGCGGCAAUCAAACCUUCGUGGUAGGAUUCAAUUCAGAGACCCAGCAAGCUAUUGCACUUGUGACCAAAAGCGACUUUGACGCUUCGAAUCUCACCCUCACCGAACUGGCGGUUGACCGGCACACAUUCAACACAGGAACUGAAGAGCCGUAUCCUUACCUCCUCUACUUCGCGCCCAACGCUGACGCCUUCGGUCAGAACCUCAAAUGGGACAUGACAACAGAAGUGACACAAUGGGGUCUGUGCAUCGAAACAGAGGCUUUGCAGCCGAGUGGCCCUGUGUAUGGAGAUCCUCUCAUUCAGCCUUUGUUAGAGCUGAUAUUUCGCAAUGCAGCUGUCAGCCUGGGCGUAUUGGAUGUUGAUGUGCCGGGCUGUGCUGACUUACAGUCUCUUUGUUCUCUCCCCGAUGCGCGACUGCUGCGAAUGGUGUGUGGUGCCACUUGUGGAUGCAAUGAUCCUUAUGCCUCGGCUUGGCAUAAGGUGAUAUCGCAGGGGUGUAUCCCACAAUGCCUACAAGAGGCCACUGCUCAGUUGGCGGCAUCAACUUGCGAAGAUCGAAUCGUAGAAGAGGAGUGGACACUCUUUUGGAACAUCUACCCAGAUGCGAUGUCUUACUUUUACAGCGUUGAUGUCAGAAAGUCACCGGCCUAUGAGUCUCUGCUAAACAUGUCCAACACCAUGAAGUCCACGGGCUGUUCUGCGCUGAAGAACCCAAACUUCGAAUUUGAGAUGUUGACACGCACACGCUGGUGUGAAGGCCACUCAAGGUUGUUUCGGCCUCUGGCUGGGCAGUGUCCUGUUUCUUGUGGCUGUGUCGGAGCAAGUCCACUGCCAGUGUAUUGUCCCAGCAGCUGCGCAGCUGUGACAGCUCCAUGA